AUCCCGUCCAUAAAUAUUUAAAAAAAAAAAAAAGAUGAAAAAAGAAAAGAUUUAGAGAAUAUGGUUUCCCUGAAAUGCUAUGUAGUUUAUCUUUGUUUAUGUAUCUCGUGCUUGCUUAUCCAAACCAUUGAAGCAGCAGCACCUACUUACAGUUUUCAUGACUGUGAAAAUUCAACAACUUUCACCGCUAACACCUCCUAUGGAUCCAAUCUUCAAAGCCUUCUCUCAUCUUUUUCCUCCUACGAUGUCACUAAAGAUCCCUUCUACAUCCCUGUCGGCCGGGAAGUCCAAAACACGGUUUUUGGCCUCAUUAUGUGCCGCGGAGACAUCAUGAAUACUCUAAUCUGUCAAGAGUGCGUCCGCAACGCAUCCUCAGAAAUAUCACGACGGUGCCGGGAGAAGAAACGGGCCAUAAUCUGGUACGAUGAGUGCAUGCUACGUUACUCUGAUAAGCCCAUCUAUCUCAUUUUAGACGAAACUAGUUCGAAGUUCUUGCCCAGCUCCAGUAGUCUCAAGGAGGAGAACGAUGGCAUAGAACUGUUGUGGGCCGGGAUGAUUAACAAUUUAGCGGUACAAGCAGCUGGCUUGCCAAAGAAGUUUGCAGUGAGCGUACAAUCUGAAGGUUCAUACUCGCAGAAGUUGUAUGGGUUGGUGCAAUGCACGCCGGAUCUGUCAGCAAGCAAUUGCACUAGCUGUUUCCAAAAGGCCAUUGCAGCUACUCCUGUAGCAUACAAAGGAAAACAAUGCGGAAGGGUUUUACUGCCCAGUUGUUUUAUUCGGUAUGAAUUUUUCCGCUUCUUUAACUACACCGAAGCUCCUCCUCCGCUCCUUUCUCCUCCUCCGCCAGGAAAAAACAAAGUAUCAUCGGUAAUCAUUAUCGCCAUUGUUGCUUCUAUUAUCGCCUUCGGUUUGCUACUUGGCAUGGGCUACUACUUUCUUUAUGGGAGAGCAAAAAAGAAGUACAAUGCUCUAAUAGAGGAAAACGCUGCGAAGGAUAUGGCCUCGAUAGAGUCCAUGCAGUUCAGCUUUAAGAGCAUUGAAAUUGCGACUAGCAAGUUUUCUGAUUGCAAUAAGUUAGGCAAAGGUGGAUUCGGUGAAGUUUACAAGGGAAUACUUAUCAACGGCAAAGAAAUAGCAGUAAAGAGGUUAUCCAAGAGAUCUGGACAAGGUGCUGAAGAAUUUAAGAAUGAGGUUGUAUUGGUAGCCAAGCUUCAACACAGAAAUCUUGUGAGGCUCUUGGGAUUUUGUUUGGAAGGAGAAGAAAAAAUACUUGUCUAUGAAUAUGUGCCUAACAAAAGCCUCGAUUAUUUUCUAUUUGACCCUAAAAAACGAGAUCAACUAGAUUGGUCGAUUAGGUGCAAUAUAAUUGGAGGAAUUGCUCGAGGAGUUUUAUAUUUACAUGAGGAUUCUCGUCUCAAAGUUAUACAUCGUGACCUUAAAGCUAGCAAUGUCUUAUUAGAUAAAAAUAUGAAUCCAAAAAUAUCGGAUUUUGGUAUGGCCAAGAUGUUUGGAGUUGACCAAAUUCAAGGAAACACCGCAAGAAUUGUUGGCACAUAUGGAUACAUGGCUCCCGAAUAUGCAAUGGAAGGGUUAUAUUCCAUAAAGUCAGAUGUUUUCAGCUUUGGAGUACUUUUGCUUGAGAUCCUUAGCGGAAGAAGGAACACUGGCUUUCGUCUCAUUGAUUAUGCACCUAGCCUUGUCCAAUAUGCUUGGCAAUCGUGGAAUCAAAAUAAAGUAUUGGAGUUAAUGGAUCCAUCAAUGAACGACUCAUGUCCUCCGAAUGAGUUUUUAAGAUACAUCCAUAUCGGAUUAUUAUGUGUCCAAGAAGAUGCAAAUAAAAGGCCUACCAUGUCUGCAGUUGUUCUAAUGCUGAAAAGUGAUUCCUUAAAUCUUGCUCAACCCCAAAGACCUGCCUUCUUUGUGGGAAGAUUUACAGAGAACCAUGAAAUAGGUAUUGAAAUUUGCUCUGUAAAUGCUAUAACAAUUUCAGAUUUUCUGCCUCGAUGAUUAAACUAAGGGUUGAAGGGCUAGGAUAUAUAUAUAUAUAUGUUUCUAAAAUUGUCUUAGGAGAGUUUUUUAUUUGAGCAAAAUCAAGUUGGCUCAGUUAGUAUGCCCUUCCCAUCUACACCUAUGAGGUUGUAGGUUAGAGAUACAUCCUCUUCCCUUUAGACUUACAAUUGUUAUAAUGGUAAAGAAAAAAAAUCCAAAAAGAAAAAAAAUGUUAAAAUUAUACUACAAAAGUUAUUAAAAAGGUUGAUUUACUUCAUUUAGUCCAA